CUCACCUCCCAAAGUGCCGGGAUUACAGUUGAGUGCCACCAUGCUGUUCUGACCUGUUAUUUGUAAAGCGUGGGCUGUCCUGUCGUAGUCUUGGGACCUUAAGGAGCAAGUCAGCCCUGCGGGCCCUCCCAGUGAAGAGAAGGAGUUGGCUGUGCGGUGGAACUUGGAAGAGACGACGUCUGGGAGCCUUUGCUGAGCCCAGGGAGAGAGGCGUCCCACUCCCUGCCGCGCCAAUCGGGCAGAGACGCCAAGCUUUGGGGCCCCCAGCUGCCGGCAUGCGACUGCCUCGCUUCUCCAACAAGACAGCAACCACGCUCCUCCUGGCACAGACUAUCUGCCUCCUGCUCUUUGUUGUCUACCAGCCAGGGCCCUCUUCCCCCACGGAGACAGGCCGUGAGCGUGUGCACGUGCUGGUGCUGUCCUCAUGGCGCUCGGGCUCGUCCUUCGUGGGCCAGCUCUUCAGCCAGCACCCCGAUGUCUUCUACCUGAUGGAGCCCGCGUGGCACGUGUGGACUACACUGAGGCAGAGCAGCGCCAAAACGCUGCACAUGGCCGUGCGCGACCUGGUGCGUUCCGUCUUUUUGUGUGACAUGGAUGUGUUUGAUGCCUACAUGCCACAGAGUCGAAACCUGUCCGCCUUUUUCAAGUGGGAGGUGAGCCGCGCGCUGUGCUCACCACCGGCCUGCAGCGCCUUUCCCCGAGGUGCCAUCAGCAAGGAGAAUGCAUGCAGGACUCUGUGCACACGGCAGCCCUUCAGCCUGGCCCAGGAGGCCUGUCGUUCCUACAGCCACGUGGUGCUCAAGGAGGUGCGUUUCUUCAACCUGCAGGUGCUCUACCCGCUGCUCAGGGACCCUGCGCUCAACCUGCGCAUCGUGCACCUGGUGCGCGACCCACGGGCCGUGCUGCGCUCCCGGGAGGCGGCGGCCCAGCUACUAGCACUUGACAACGGCAUUGUGCUGGGCACACACGGCAAGUGGGUGGAGGCCGACCCUCACCUGCACCUGAUGCGGGAGGUGUGCCGCAGCCAUGUGCAUAUCGCCGAGGCCGCCACAGUCAAGCCGCCACCCUUCCUGCGCGGCCGCUACCGCCUGGUGCGCUUCGAGGACCUGGCACGGGAGCCGCUGGCAGAGAUCCGGGCACUCUACGCCUUCACCGGCCUGAGCCUCACGCCACAGCUCAAGACCUGGAUCCACAACAUCACCCACGGGUCAGGGGUCGGCAAGGCAUUCGAGGCUUUCCGGACUUCGUCUAGGAAUGCGCGCAACGUCUCCCAGGCCUGGCGCCAAGCGCUGCCCUUCACCAAGAUCCGCCACGUGCAGAAGGUGUGCGCCAGUGCACUGCAGCUGCUGGGCUACCGGCCUGUCUACUCUGAGGACGAGCAGCACAACCUCACCAUGGAUCUGGUGCUGCCACGAGGCCCAAAACACUUCAGCUGGGCAUCCUCUGACUCUGAGAACUCUGGACCCUAGAGCAGGCCCCGAAUUGUGGUCACCAGGCCCAGGAGGCGACUGCAUGGUGGAGAGGGAGCUGGGGCGCACAGGGAAGCAGGUCCUUACUGUUAACCGGGAGUUUGGAGUCCCCCCCU